CCGGCCCCGAAGCUACUGCUAGCAAGAAGGGGGUGCGGGAGGGCGGGGGCUGCGGCAGACAGGCGCGGGAGCCGGCACGGCGUCAAGUGCAGCUCGGACGCACGGACUGGGCCCAUUUCCCUUUCAUCCCUGCCUGUUUUUUAAAAGCAACAUUAUUUCUACAGCCCUUUGUGACCCCAAAGAGGCCAGGCUCAGAGAAGUAAAAUGAUUUAUCUGAAAACACAAGGUGAAGCCAAAAUUUGAACCAAGUCUCUGAAUCCAGAACUCAUGCUAUUAACCAAAGUGUGAGUACAAGGUGGGCUGCCUCAGAACCAUUUUGGAGAGCUUGUUAUAAAUGUAGCUUAUUGGGCCUUACCCCUGGGGGAUUUUGAUGUAGUAGGACUAGAGGUGAAGAGUGUGAUUGUAGUUUUAACCAGCCCUGUAGUUGAUUCUGAGGUGUAGAGAGAUUCGUGAACCACUGUUCUAAACGCCACCAUGUGAUGCUGAAGGUUAUGAGUAAAUGGGCCUGUCAUCAGUGUAUCUGUCCAUGGCAUAUCUGUCAUGAAAUGUAACUCCACAGCACAGGUUCCUACCCGCGGUCCUUCCUGGAAUUGUAUGCAAAGAAUCUGGACUCCGUACAUUCUUCUGAGUCCACAGCUUUGCAGAUUUUCAAAUGGGUAUGUCAUAACAUCUUCCCUCUUCAAGCCAUGUUUGACGAAGAAGUGUGAGAAAUAAAACCCCAUUUAACCUAACGCCCAAACCACAGCUCUCUGUUGCUGAUAUAGCUCUUUCAUUUCCUGGCUCAAGGACAGGUUGCUAGGUUGCCCUUCUGUGAGCUCUUCAGGGGACUUCUCCUUUGCUGGAUUUGGCAUCACUGGCUCCAGAGAAGGAGCAACUCCAUGGAAACGGCAUGCAGGGUUGUCCAAAGUGAAUGGCCGUGAAGGCAGUGGCUGGAAAACCUGCUCCAUUUUUCCCUGACUCAGAGAGCAGUUUCUUCCAUCUGCACCCAGUUGUCUUCAGCAUGGGGGAGCAGAACGACUCUCCUGGGAAGGAGCUUCAGCACAGGACACGAGCAGAGGCUCCAGGAAAGAAAAGCUGGCAUUCCCAGGCCUACGCCCUUGGGGCCGUUUCCAAUUUUAUGUCUACUUUUCUGACCUUUCCUAUCUAUAAGGUUGUGUUCCGGCAACAGAUCCAUGCCAUGGCAGUGUCAGAGGCUGUGAGACAGCUUUGGCACGAAGGUCCUCAAUACUUCUACCGGGGAAUCUACCCUCCUCUUCUCUCCAAGACGUUGCAAGGGACUCUUCUGUUUGGGACUUAUGAUAGCCUGCUGUGCUUUCUCUCUCCUGUUGGGCCACACACCCUGGGACACCGCUGGGCUGCAGGGCUCAUGUCUGGCGUGGUGGAGGCUGUGGCACUCAGCCCCUUUGAAAGGGUGCAAAAUGUGCUCCAGGAUGGUCGCAAGCAAGCUCGCUUCCCCAGCACCUUCAGCAUUCUCAAGGAAUUCAACUCUUAUGGGCUUUGGGGGCGGCUGUCACUGGGUUACUAUCGUGGUUUCUGGCCUGUCCUGGCCAGGAACAGCCUGGGGAGUGCUCUAUAUUUUUCUUUCAAGGACCCCAUCCAGGACGGCCUGGCAGAGCAAGGCCUGCCCCAUUGGGUUCCUGCCUUGGUGUCUGGUAGUGUCAAUGGAACAAUCACCUGCCUAGUUCUGUAUCCUCUGAUUGUGCUGGUUGCUAAUAUGCAGUCCCAUAUUGGAUGGCAGAACAUGCCAAGCCUGUGGGCCUCUGCCCAGGAUGUGUGGAACACUCGGGGUCGAAAGCUGCUCCUGAUCUACCGUGGAGGCUCCCUGGUCAUCCUUAGGUCCAGUGUGACAUGGGGCCUCACUACGGCAAUCCAUGACUUCCUGCAGAGGAAGUCUCGCUCCAGGAAAGAGCUGAAGACUGACUAGCUGCAGAAAGGGUGGCCAUGGCAGCUUUGUUAUUCUAAAUCUUCCCUGGUUGGUUCUAUAUAGCUUACUUCUUUGGCUCAGUUGCCUAAUACAGCCAUCCUUUAGCAUCUGUAAACUCAUUGCAUGGGAGAAGUUCCCAACUACCAACCUGUUGAGCAAGGACAAAGCCCAACAGGAUUCCUUAGUCAAAAAGAAACGUUUGCCCCAGUCUCUCCACAGCUUCAGUAGCCUCAGCGCCAGGAAGCCUUUAAAUAACGUGUAACCCAGAUUAAGUGUCAUUCCUUUAAGGAAUUCCUUGGCAAUAAGUGGAAACUUUAAAAGAUGACCUUACUUAGGCACUUUGAGCUUUGGGGCCCCUCUAGGUGUCCUCCAGACCAAACUGAGUGGAACUCCAAUUUCAAAGAACUAUGCUUGACUCUUAGGAUGGGAAUUCCAUAAAACUUCUCAGAUGGCUACAUUUUCAUGACAUUGUUCACUGCCUCUACCACCACCUCUCACUUCUCAAGGCUGUGGGUCCUACUUUCAGGGUAGCAGCUGUGACUAGAAAUCCCAAAUUAGGCUUGCGUGAACUCAUCAGGUGCCAUAAGAACUAGUGGGGCUGGAGAUGGGAGUGCGAAGAAGUGUGGCCCAUGGAUGGAAAGGAUAAAACUUUGAAAGAAGAGAUUUAAUUACAUGCAAAAUAGAAACAUUUGCUAUAGUCUGCUUGGUGUUAUCUGCUAGGACAUUUCUGAGAGCAAGGUGAUAACAUUGCCUAGAAACCAUUUGAGUUUCCCUAGAAAACCUGGAAGUGAAGUAAGUGACCAUACCUUUUCACAGAUAAUUGCAUAUUUUGUUGAUGUGGUUAAUGUAGUUACUAUGACAUAAAGAUCACAAAUCUUAGCCUGUCAUUCACAGCCUUUCAAAAUAUGGUCCUUAUAUAACUUUCAACAUAUUGUCACUCCACUUACAUAAACCCCAAACACUAGCCAUAAUGAACUCUUGUUCUCUCCCCAGACAUUCCAUGAACUUUCCCAUGGCCAUACUUUGGCCCAUACUAUUCUUUCCACCUGCAGUACUCCUUCUUCACAUGCCAGUCUACCAAAAUCCUUCCAGCUCCUCAAAGCCCAGGUCAGAGGUCACCUUCUCUACGGAGCCUCUUGAUUUCCCCCAAUUGAAUGUGACAUUAGUCUCUGUGACAUUUGUCUCUUUAACAUUUGUCUCUGUGAUGCCCCUUUCUUUUUCUUUUCUUUCUUUCUCUUUUUUUUUUUUUGAGACCGAGUUUCGCUCUUGUUGCCCAGGCUGGAGUGCCAAUGGCAUGAUCUCGGCUCAUGUAACCU